AUGACGCAGGGGGGUGCCAGGAAUCUCUUGCCGGUUGCGGUGAUCAACAACGGAACACUUAUUGGAUUUCAAAACCCGCAAUUGCACCAGGAUUACUUCUUGGGCAUCCCGUACGCCCAGCCACCAGUUGGGAGUCUCAGAUUCAAUCUUCCUCAGCCAAUUAACCAGUCAUGGUCUGAGAAACACGCAACCGCCUAUGGUGCUUGGUGCCAUUCUACGACCUUAUCCCUGCCCGGGUUUUCAGAUACACAGGAGGAGGUUGACUAUGAGGAAAGCGAGGACUGUCUAACCCUCAACAUCGUGCGACCGAGUGGUGUGGACGACAGUGCUCGUUUGCCUGUUUUAGUCUGGAUUUACGGCGGGGGAUUCCUGGUGGGAGGCAGUGCGGACCAAAGGUACAACAUGUCCUUCCUUGUCGAAGAAUCUGUCAAAAUAGGCCAACCGAUCAUUGCGGUCAGUUUCAAUUACCGCAUCUCUGGCUUUGGAUUGCUACCGGGUCGCGUGGUCAAGGAAGCUGGGGUCGCGAAUGCUGCGAUGUAUGACCAACGGCUUGCUCUGCAUUGGGUCCAAGACAAUAUUAAGGCUUUUGGCGGUGAUCCUGCCCGAGUUACGAUCCAAGGGGAGUCGGCUGGUGCUGUAUCGGUUGGACAUCAUUUCCUUGCAUUUGGAGGACGCGACGAUGGGCUUUUCCACGCGGGUAUUGCAGAAAGUGGCGGACCUCUUACCACCCGCCCUUUGAUGCCUUUGGAGGAGCAAGAUGUUCUUUACAAUGAUGUCCUCACGGCGACGAACUGCACCGGUGAGAAAGACACCCUUGGAUGCCUUCGCUCCCUACCAGCAAGUGUCUUGAAGGAUGCGUUUCAAGGCGUGGACUUUUACUUAGUUAAUGAUGGAAAGAUCAUCAACGAGCCUCCGUCCGUUCUUCUCGAGCAAGGGCAAUUUGUGCAGCGCCCUCUCCUGAUUGGAACUAAUACCAACGAAGGAACUGCAUUCUCGGUUGAAAGUGGCUUUGGGGUGAACGAUGCAGCUGCAUUCCGGGAGAUGAUUGCCCACUUCAGCGGGGGGAGUGGUUUUACAAAUAGAACCCUUGACGCUCUCGUUGAUCAAUAUCUUAACAAACUGUCUGAUAAAGAGACUCAGGGUGAUCUCGGCACUGUAUUCCUAUCACCAAGCCCAGAAUACGGCUCCCUCUGGGGAAAGGUUACCCUAUAUAUCGGAGACUAUCAGUUCAACGCUGGUAGACGGCGCGUCACUCAGCUGUGGGAUCAAUACGGUGUUCCUGCGUAUAGCUAUCGUUUUGAUGUUGUACCUAAUGGGAUACCCAGUGAAAUUCUUGGUGUCGCGCAUUUCCAGGAAAUUGCCUUUGUUUUCAGAAACCUCGACGGCGUUGGGUACAAGGCCAACCCUCUAGAAUCUAAUUCUACCGAGUUGCAGCAAAGAUAUCGGAAUCUGAGCACGCUCAUGAGCAGGAUGUGGAUAAACAGCCGCCACUCUGUCGCCAAAUGGAAUGAAAACCCGACAAACAUUGUAUUCCGUCUGAACGGCACUCAUUUAGAGGAAGACACCUGGAGGGCAGACGCCAUCCGAUGCCUUCUUGCUUCCUUUGACGAGAUUGACAUUUAG